AUGUGUACUGGAGACAUUGUGCAACAAAACGUAGAACAAUAUCAUGGAUUGUCAGACGGUUAUGACUGGAAGAGAACAGGUAGGCUAAUCAAUAAUAUUAACCUCUACAUGUUAUAUUUUUUAAUAGCUUACCUGUUUGUUGUUGUGUGGAUGUAUGAGUGAUGUAUUUGGUUGUUUAUAGCACGAAUCACUAUUGUGGGCAGCGUUUUGGGAUCUAUGCAGUAUUUCUUUUAUCGGUCUUUGGACAAACGAUAUCCAGCUAAGGACAUGCGUACAAUAGCUAAAAAAAUAGUCAUUGAUCAAACAUUGUGUACACCAAUGAAUAUUUUCGUGUUCAUUUAUGGACUAGGUCUUUUAGAAAAUACUCCUUGGGCUAAAAUGAAUGAAGAAUUCAGACAUAAAUUUUUGGUGAUAUUUUCGGUAAGUUGUGUAAAUAUAAACGUAUAGUUGUUUUGAAGUAUAUAUUUUCUCAUUUUAAUUAAAAACUCAUUACUGAUAUAACUGUUUAUUGAUUAAUAAUACAAAUAAAUAAUAUCAUCUGGAAAUUGUUUUAGUAUACCUAAUCUAAUAUUAUUGAAUAUGACACAAUUUAUUAUUUAAUUAAUAUAAGCAAAAUCAGUUUGGGGAUGUAGGUGUUUUUAUUUUUUAAUUGAACUUAGGUUACAUUACUUAUUUCCAAAAUAUUUAAAUACAGUAAAAUAGUUGUUAUCGUGUAGUCUAUUAAUAAAAAUAUUAAUAGAAAAAAACACUAUUAAAACAAAUAAAAACAACAUUAUAAAUAAUUAGCUUUUGUUUUAAAUUUUAAAUAACUAAUUUAAUAAAAUUUAUUCAAUUAGAUGCACAUUUUUUAAUUUUACGUUGAAAAAAAAUAUGCUAAAAUAAUAAAAAAAUUUCUAGACAUUAAAAAUAAAAAAUUAGGUAUUAUGUUUAAUAUUUAUGUUUAAUCCACUUUUAGGUUGAUUGUGCUGUUUUUGUUCCAUCACAAUACAUUAACUUCAAAUUUGUAGAUCCAAAAUACAGACUUGUAUUUGUAAACAUGGUUUCUAUUAUGUAUGAUACUUUUCUCUCAUAUAUUAAGUAUACAGUAAGUAGUUUAUUGGUUUAA